AUGGUCAAGAUCCGGCUUAUCGUCGCCGAUGGAUGGAUCGGCGCGCCGGGCUGGGGAAUUCUCUGCAAGGCUGGGACAAUGCCAUGCUCAUCGAACAAUUAUGCUGACUUCUAUCUUGUAGCCCUUCUGGGAGGUGUCUCUGCCGCUGUCUCCAAGACUGCUGCUGCCCCCAUCGAGCGUAUCAAGCUCCUCAUCCAGAACCAGGAUGAGAUGCUUAAGCAGGGUCGUCUCGACCGCAAGUACGACGGUAUUGCCGACUGCUUCCGUCGCACCGCCGCCGACGAGGGUGUCAUGUCCCUGUGGCGUGGUAACACCGCCAACGUCAUCCGUUACUUCCCUACCCAGGCCCUGAACUUCGCUUUCCGUGACAAGUUCAAGAAGAUGUUCGGCUUCAAGAAGGAGCGUGACGGCUACGCCUGGUGGAUGGCUGGUAACCUGGCCUCCGGUGGUGCCGCUGGUGCCACUUCCCUCCUCUUCGUCUACUCCCUCGACUACGCCCGUACCCGUCUGGCCAACGACGCCAAGUCCGCCAAGAAGGGUGGUGAGCGCCAGUUCAACGGUCUCGUUGACGUCUACCGCAAGACCCUCGCCUCUGACGGUAUUGCCGGUCUCUACCGUGGUUUCAUGCCCUCCGUUGCCGGUAUCGUCGUCUACCGUGGUCUCUACUUCGGUCUCUACGACUCCAUCAAGCCCGUCGUCCUCACCGGUAACCUCGCCAACAACUUCCUUGCCUCUUUCGCUCUCGGUUGGUGCGUCACCACCGCCGCCGGUAUCGCCUCUUACCCCCUUGACACCAUCCGUCGUCGCAUGAUGAUGACCUCUGGUGAGGCCGUCAAGUACAAGAGCUCUUUCGACGCCGGUAAGCAGAUCAUCGCCAAGGAGGGUGUCAAGUCUCUCUUCAAGGGUGCCGGUGCCAACAUCCUCCGUGGUGUUGCCGGUGCUGGUGUUCUGUCCAUCUACGACCAGCUCCAGGUCCUGCUCUUCGGCAAGGCCUUCAAGGGUGGCUCUGGCUAA